AUGUCAGCUCAAGGCUCGACUAAAGGCUCGACUCAAGGCUUGACUCAAGGCUCGGCUUCAGGCUCACCUCCAGGCUCACCUUCAGGCAAGGUUUACAGAGAGUUUAAGAACUACCGCCUGGACAUUUGGUACCCCCCAGCAUCUAUACUCGCGAUGGACAACUUCCACUCCGUCUCACCCCUCAGUCUCGGAGAUUCUAAGCGUGCCGAUCUAGACGAGCCUUCGAUUUUGGAUCUACCCGGCGAACUCCGCAAUCACAUCUUCAGCUAUCUGGUUGAGUUUCGCACACCAGUAAGCGUGGAGUUCUCGACUUACUAUCGCCUACCCCAUGACAGAGACGAGCGACUUUAUUUGGCUACUUGGGUUCACCCUCCCGUGGACCUCUUCACGUCAUGCCGGACGCUGUAUCGCGAAGCAGGUACUAUGCUUUACUCGAACAACACAUUCCAACUUUCGCGCUAUCUGGCCAAUCAAGCAGACCUACCUAGCUCGUUUGUCGAAAUACCACGAGAAUUCUUCAGCCGUCUUGGAUCACAAGCGCAUUGGCUGCGUAACAUUGUCUUAGACCUAGAUCAUUUACAAUCCGGGAACUGCUUCAGGGGAGAAGCUCGACUGGACAAUGACUUCGAGGAGCAAGAACGUGUGUUCGACGAGAAACUGGAGCUGUUUGAGGUUACUCCCCUUCUGCGGGCUAUCUGGCGUCUUGAAGCUGACGUGGAUGUCUCGUUUACCCAGCAAUUUGGUCCUGCUAAUGAUGGGGAUAAGGAGAUUGUCCGGUGCCACGCGUCAUCAAUCACUACAAUUAUGCGAUCUAUUCUACAGGGUCAACUGAAGCUACGGCAGUACGGAAGACUAGUUGCUGCUGUUGGUCUCAAGCGAGAUGGCACCGGAGGAAUGAUCAACUGGGGUACUACAAAUUACGAUUAUCGAGGCGCACAUCCGCAACUGGUCAGGAUACUUCCUGGUUCAGAGCACAUGUCGACCUUCGUGGCGGAGGGCGAUGGGUCCCGACUCGAGCUUGUAAAGAGCAAUCAAGCUUCUUUACUCGGUGUCCCCGAACGCAUACGCCGACUCAUCUUCGAUGCGAUCAUCAACCCUGUUGAUAGCAUAGCAAUCAACCUCGACAAGGAGACCAAGUUCAACUGCGGGUUGCUGCAUACCAAUCAGGAAAUCUUCGAGACUUGGAGGUCGCAUUUCCUGUUCCACAACCGCUUCACCCUGACGAUGUCAACAAGCGAAAUUCGCACUACAUUCCAGAACUUCGAUAAGCUGAGACGGUUCCUCCGCAAGACGUUCAAAUCCAACUACAGCCGUGAGCCGGUGACUCAACCUUCCCGCGCAGAUGAGUCGAUGAGGACUAUUGCAACAUCAAGCGAAUUUUAUUCUCGUCCAACCGGCGUAGACUACAUCCUCAGGUUCGAUCUGAGUAGCCCAGCCACACUGAGCGAUAUCCGCAUCAACAUCCUGCCCUUUGUGAUGGAAACCUCAACUACACUACCCCAUCAUGAAGUAACAAUCCAAAUAUGGACCCCUGGGCCCGACGGCUCCUCGGCCAUGACAGCUACCCACACCAUGACUCUCACCAAACUACGACUAAACGUCAUCAAAGCUAUUCUGGAUUGUGCAUUCACAGGAAUAUCGAACAUGUCAUACCUUCCCGACUUCUGGGCCAAAGGCUUCGGAGAUAUCGUUGAGACUGUCCACGAUUCGGUUGACGACACGGGUGGAGCCUGGGAUCCUGCCUCGGAGAUUGGCCCUGGAAUAUACCACCCCGUUGCCGUUCGAACUCUCCAUCCUAUCGAUCGCAAGUAUCGGGAGUGUGAAGCAGAUCUGAGAUGUAAAUACUAUGACGAUACGCAGUUCUUCCCUUUUAGGGCUGAUAAAAAGGAGACUUUGCUGUAUCUUAUGAAGAGUAUCGAGGACUAUCCUGAUUACUUCAAGACGGUGUAG